CACAACAAACCUUACGCGAACGCCCCGACGCUGAGGCAAUGCUUUGAAAUCCUCGAAGAAUAAUAUAAAGAAAAGAAAAUAGAUCCAGGGGAUAUAGACUAGACAAUAGACUAAAACCCUAUAAAAGAAGAAAGAAGAAAGAAGAGUCUUAAACCCUAUAAGAGAAGGACGAAGAAGAAGAAAAAGAAGAAAGAAGAAGAAAAGAAAGAGAGAAGAAUAAGAAAUCCCUGGACGGGAGGAGCCUAAAGGCCUGAGGCAUCAUGAGUGAGCCACAGAACACCAAUGAGUCUACUGAGGAAGAUGCUACCGAGUUGCAGUUUCCUAAAGAGUUUGAGAAGGCUGAGACCCUCUUGAUCUCCGAGGUCCACAUGCUGUUAGAACAUCGCAAACAGACAAAUGAAAAUGCAGAAGAAGAACAAGAACUUAAUGAGAGAUUCAUGAAGACCCUGAAUUACUGCGAAAGGUUUUCCAAGUUUAAGAACAGGGCGACGAUUAAGGCCAUUCGUGAACUUCUGAACCAGAAGAAGCUGCACAAAUUUGAACUGGCAGCGCUCGCCAACCUCUGUCCAGAGACGCCCGAAGAAGCCAAAGCUCUCAUUCCCAGUUUGGAAGGACGUUUUGAGGAUGAAGAGCUGCGUGUGUUGCUAGAGGACAUGGCAACACAGAGAAGCUUUCAGUAUUAGCGUGUACUUUGUGAGCAGAUGUAUUUUAUAUUACUGAACCCCUCGGCAGGGAAGGACAUAGGGUUACUUUUGUCUUGUUUUGUGGGUGGGUGACAUGAUUUUACAUUUUGAGGUUUGAGGAAAGUGUGUUUAGAUUUGGCAUCACUGCUUGCCAAUCAUCCCUGCUCAGUUUCACAAUAAUUUAAUUAGUUUGUAUCUUGGGCACACAAUAAAAAUGUUGGGUUAAAUCAUGACAUUGGGACUCUUACGAUUAGUCACUGUCUUGUGUAAUCUCAAAACAAGCCUGUCUUUUUGUUCUCUCUUUAUCAUUAUGGUUGCAUAUUUGGCUUUAGCCUGCUGAUGAGUGAGUUGAAAAAAUGGCAAUUAUUUCUUUCUACGUUCAUGGAGAUUUUAUACCAUUUUUAUGUUUUAGUGUCAUUGAUAGUCAGAUACCUGGAAUACCUGUUAUAUAUAAAGUUAUUAUUUUGUAUUUAGUCAUAUUAUUCUUACAAGAACUUGUACCACAAAGUUUUGAAGACUAAAAUCAGUAUGAUGAGGUUUUGAAAUAAUGAAAAGUGUUGUGUGUAAAUGUUACAGCAUUUGCUGUAAUUUUUUAGCUAUUUUUUUACAUUGUCAGGAAGACUCUAGGGUAGUACCAAUCUUUAAUGAAGGAAAUGCUAUGCUUGACGGAUGUAUUUAUUAAGAAAAAAUGUUCUAGUACAACUAAAUCACUUAUAAA